AUGGAUGAUACUUACAAAAAUGCACCAUCAAGUGUUAUUAAUCUACAGGAAGAAGAAAUAAAUAAUUUUCUUAUAAGUAAUAAAGAGAUUGAUACAAAUUCGAAACCGAGUAAUCAACAAGAUGUGAGUGAAAAGACAAGCAUAUCGAAUUCACACUAUGAAAAUGUUUUAAAUAUUAAAUACAGAACAACGAAUAGUGAGGAGGUGAAUGUAAAAGAUGAAAAUAAAGAGCAAAACAAGAUAACAAGUGAAGUUAAUAAUGUAGAAGGUAUUUACAAUUUUGGAAGUCCAUGUAGUGAGAAUAACAUAAAUAAGAGUUAUAACAACAAUAAUAAUAACGGUGGUAGUAAUAGUACUAGUAAUACUAAUGAUAAUGAUAAUAAUAAUUGCCUUUUUAAUGAUUUGAAGAAGAAUAAAAGUAAUUAUUACAGUAGUAAAGGAUCUAGCAGUUUCGAAAAAUUGAACACUGCAACCAGCGUUAGUGAACAAGAUUUAUUUUUUAAUUCAAACGAUGGCAUAAAUUAUUCGAACUGUAACAGAAUUAAUCAUAACUUAAAUAGUAAAAGUAAUAUGUUAGAUAAUGCUUUUGUCCCGUUGAACGUUCAUAGAAUUAUAAAGGACAAGUGUAACGGUGGCUGUAGUGUUAUAGACGAUGAGCUUGAUGAAGAGAAUCAUCUGAAUAAUUAUAAGUGUAAUGGAAGUAGUAGUAGUUGUAAAAAUAAUAUCAGUAAUAGUAACAAUAUUGCUAGUAAUAGUAGUAAGAGUGGUGAUUUAAGUUAUAACACGAGUAAAAAUAUGAACAAGAAAAGAAUUGAUACGUCUAAUGGCUUAAAUAAACCAGUUAAUAUGAACAAUAUUUCCAAAAGGGGUAUACCUAAACUAAGAAACGCAAAUUUGAAGAGUAUUAACAGUAGCGGAGGGUUUAAUAACACGAAUAAUAGUACUUUUAAGAAUUACAAUUUAAACAAAAGAAAAACAAAAAACUUGAAUAACUUUUUACAUACAGAAGUUAAUGGAAGUUGCGAAAAAAUGUACUCAAAUAUAAAAAAAAAUUUUCAAAUAAAUGAAUUUGCAAAUGUAGAUAAUAAUAUGAAAAAUAUAAAUUGUAUGGAGUCUUGUAAUUUUUGGCAGGAUAAUGUUAACAGUAGUAUGCACACUUUUAGGGGUAAAAAUGAUGAGGAGAACAACAACGACAUUUCACAAAAUGAUGAAAAUGUGCCAAGUGUAAGUACAAGCAGAAAUUGUAUUAAAGAUGGUAUCCUCAUGAUUGAAUCAAAUAUGAUAGACGAUAAUGUAAAUAGCGAAGAAUAUUUUAAUAUAUCAAGAAAUUCUAGGAGUAAUGAUAAGAACAAAUACUAUGCUCCUGUGAGUAGUAGCUAUAACAGCAUGUCAAAUGAUAAGGAAAAUUACUACAGGGUGUUAGAGUAUAAGGAGGAUAGACGUUGCAACAAUUACAGCAAUUCUAACAUUUGCAAGGAUGGUUUUGAUACAAAUAAUGUAGGUACGCAUGUGUCUAAUGUUAGAAGUAAUGAAAGUAUUAUUAAUAAUGACAGUAAUAUAUAUGACAGUAUGUAUGAGGAAAAUACGAUAUCACACAGUAAUUUAAGUAAUGAAAAGAAUUAUCAAUACUAUAAUAAAAUGAGUGAGAAAUAUUUAAAUAAUGUGAAUGUAGAUAAUUAUAACGAUAAAUCCUGUGCUUCGUUUGGGGUUACUAAUGGUAGAAAGAAUGAAUGUCCAGUAGGCAUUGAUAACAGUGAGGAGUGUAAAAAUAUAUCUCAUGAACAUUUCCUUUUUAAAAAUCAGCACAAGAUAUUUAAUGGUAAUAUGAAUUAUUAUAUUACAUUAAUGAACAAAAAUUUCAACAAAGUCAAUAGUUCUGUUCAUGUUAACACAAAAGACUUGAAGGAACAUUACAUUAAGACGGAUAGUACUAUAUACAGGAAUACUCUAACAAAUACAUGUAAAAACAAAGAGGACGAAAAUGAAGAAAUAUAUCAAGAUUAUAAUUAUUACGAUAGUGAAAAUAUGAACGUAAUGCAUAGGAAUUAUGAGGAAGAUAUUUUUAAAAAGAGAAAAAAUAUUAAAUCGAACUUGAAGAAUAUGGGUAAUUCUGAUAUUUUGGGGAAAAAUGAACAUCAUGAUGAUAAUAUAAAAUUGCAUGAAAAAGGUUUAGAUAUUUCUAUGAAUUUGAACAUUCAAGAAAAUUUGUCUUUUUUAAAUUUCGAUGACACCGGAACUGAUUGGAGGUAUAAUCAGGAGAUCGACAAUUUUGUAAGCAAGGAAAAUAAUCGGAUAGGCUGUUCGAGUUUUUAUGAUAAAAUGAAAUUGAGUAAGACCAUGGAUUUUGAAAUGCAUGGAGAAGGUAAUAAUAAUAUUUAUAGUGGUGAUGAGCAAGGAAAUUAUGGAGAAAAAGAUAACAUUUUUAUAGUAUCUAUGGAUGAUAGUGAUACUUGCAGCGGAAUUUUGAAUAGAAAUAUGAACCAUGUUAUACAGAAUGAAAAUAGUCAUGGUAUAGGUGUUACUUUUAAUGCCUUUAAUUUUAGCAAACAUUUCAAGGGUACAAGCUUGGAGAAUUUGAAUAGUAGAAAUAAUAUUGAUACAACAUGCAGCAAUUUAAACAAUGAUGAGAAUAUUCAUAAAAAUGAUAGUAACGAUAUUACUUUGACGGAUGACAAUAAUUUAAAUGUUUCCAUUGCAGAUAAAACAGUGGAGAAUAAUAUAAGUGGUGUAAACAGUGGUAGCAUUGUAAAUUACAGUAUGAAUAGCGCGAAUAUGAAUGAGAAAAAUUUUUCAUUUAUUAAAAAAAAUAAAAAUGAAUGUGCAAAAAAGUGUAUGGAUGAUAAUACUUUAAUUUGUGCGGUGAACUUGGAACAUUUGGAUAAGAAGGAAAAGAACAGUAAUAACGUGAAGAAAGUGAAAAAGAAGAAUACUGAUAUAAAAAAUGUGAAAAAUAAUAUACAUAUCAACGACAAGACUAAUAUUAACAAUAACUCUAGCUGUAAAAGCAACAUUAAGGAUAACUCAAACGAAGGUAUUAGUAAAACCACUAAAAAGGGUAACAAGGAAUCAACCACAACUAAUAUUAGUGCAAAUGUAGCUAAAACGAGCGAACUUAUCUUAUGCAAAACAAAUAUGAAUAAUUUGAUAACGAGUGAUAUUUCGUCAGUCAUUAAUGACAGUACCAAAAAGGUGGACUUGAAAAAUGUUGAUGAGAAUAAUAAUGGUAGCUGUAACAGUAAUAAUAUUGAUGAUGUGGAUAAGGAAAAUAUAGAUAAUGAAAACAUUGGUGAUGAUAAUAAUGGUAAAAUGUACAAUAAGAUGGAUAAAAGAAGCAGUAUUAAUAGUAGCGAUAAUGUCCAAUUGAAGAUCAUUAGUAAUUUCAGUAAUGAUAGUACUAACAACACCAGUAGUAAUAGAACUUCUAAUAACAUUAUUAACGAUAGUAAUAGUGGUAAUGAUAAUGAGAAUGACAUGGUUGCUGAUGAUAACAGUAACGAUGGAAAUAAUAGCAGGAGCAACAACUCAACGAACAAAAAUAGUUUAAGGGUUCCUGAAGGUAAUUCAGAUCUUGUUAAUGAUGAACCUGCAAAUUGUAAUGUAUCCAAUUAUGAUAUAGCCAAUUAUGAUAUAGCCAAAUAUGAUAUAGCCAAUUAUGAACCAGCUAAUUAUGAUCACUUUAAAUUUGACAACUAUUCUUUUAAAAGUGAAAUGAUAAGAAAUUAUAAAUCUAGGAACAAUGGCUUCUUAAAAUUUUCGUCAAGUAAUUUACUUAAUAGUAAGUUUAAUGAGUGUUCAAAUAGUAAUUCCUUUAUGCAUAACAGAUAUAAUACAGAUGAAAAGGGAAAUGGUAGCCUACCGAAUUCUUUACAAGCUAUUAAUAAGUUUAAUAAAAAUGCUGGUAAAUAUAGCAGUAACAUAAUCAGAGAAAAUAAUUUUAAUAUAUACUCAAGCAAUAUGGACGAUGGAAUGCAUAUGGACAGGAAAAUUCUUCAUCCCCCCGAUUUUUUAAAUGUCACCAAUAAUAAUAAUGGCAGUAAUAACAAUAAUGAUAGCAAAGAUAAUAAUAAUAAUAAUAAUAAGGAUAGCAAUGAUAAUAAGGAUAGCAAUGAUAAUAAGGAUAGCAAUGAUAAUAACCAUAACAUUCAUAACAAUAAUAUAUAUGACGUAGGUAUCGAAAUGCAUGGUGGAUAUUACCUACCCAUUACAAACAACCCUUUAGAAAACGAUGGAAACAUAAAUUUAUCAAUAAAUGAAAAGGACAAAGAAAUUAUGAACCCAAUUUUUUGUUGUAAUAAGCAAAGUAUUAAAAAUGACCAUGGUAUGAAUUCUGAUACCUUUUGUAGUAUCCCUAAUAAUUUAAGUGAUGAAAAAAAUGAUGAUAUAAUGUUUAAUACUAACAACAAAUUAGAUAAAUAUAAUGAUAUAAAUAAUGGUAAAAAUAUGUACCUCCCUCAUUUAGGUAUCAGGGGCAAUAUGUACAAUACUCAUAAUAACAACCUUAAAACUAAUGAGGAAAAUAUAUUUUAUAGUGUGGAUGAUGAACAAAAUAUUGUAUAUAAAAAUAUGGAAAAUGUGCAUAAUUUUACAGAUACUAUGAUUAAUAGUGCUACAAAUAAAUGUAUUUAUAAUGAAAUAAAUAAUUUACAACCAAACAGUGAUAACGAUCUAUAUAUUAUGGGAAAUAGCGAAUGCAUGUUUAAUAAUAUAGAAGACGAUAUAUAUAACGAGUUAAGUAAUUUACAAGGGAAUGAAAUUAAAUGUAACAGGCAUAGUAAUAAUAGCCAGAACAAUAACAGUAACAAUGAUAUAGGUAAUAUUAGUGGAAGUUUAUGUAAUAACCUCAUAGACACUGAUAAGUAUGAUACCAACAUGAAUAGAAUUGAAAGCAAUAUGGAAUUCAUUUUAGGUGAUAAUGAAGACUUAGAUAAACAGUCAAGAGCUAUGAUGAGAAAUGAUAAAAUAGUUGAACUACAAAAUAUUAUAAAUAGUUUAAAGAUUAAGAAUAGACAACUAGAAAAAGAGUUAACUGAUGUAAAGAACAUGCAUUUAAAAAAAAAACAAAGCAUGAUUUUAAAGAGCUUAAAUAACAAAAUAGAUGACAUUAGCAGCUAUUCAACACUUAAGGAUAAUACAAAUAAUUCUGAUUGUGAUAGUGCCGAUUAUUCAAACAAAUAUAUACAGAACAUAUUAAAUGAUAAAGAAAAAUAUAAUUACGACACAAAAAUAUCUAUUCAAAAGUUUCAUUUAGCUUAUACAAAUAAUUCAAUUGGGAAAUUAAAAAUAGCAGCUCAAAGAGAUAUUAGUGGUUCAUUUAUGGGUCCCAAAGGAAUUCAUGUAAAAACGAUAAAAUCAUCUUUGCAUAUUUCUGUUUAUAAAAGUGCGAAGGAUGUGUGGUUUCCUGGAUUUGCUGAUAGUCAUGUUUUUUUAUUAAAAGGAAAUAUAUUUGGAAUUUUAAGAGCAUGUCAAUUAUUAUAUCAUUACGUAAAAUCAAAAAUGUCCUCAUCUAAAUGUUGUAUAUAUUUAGUUGCUCCCUUUGAGUGUGUGCAAAAGUUAUUAGCAGAUGGAUGCAAAAGAAUGGCUAUUAUUAAAGAGGAAUGUGGUGCAGACGUACGAUUAGGAAAUCUGUAUGUACAAGUGCAUGAAGGGUUUACUGAAAGAUUAAUGGAAAUAAGAGGAAACGAAGUUAGUGUGGAUUGUGCAUUGGAAAAGCUAGUUAUUUUUAUGCAGUCUUGUUUUUCUGUACAGUCAUAUGACUACGAGCUGUUAAAGUAUCCAUGUCGUUCAGUCUUAAAUUUACAAUAA